UAGAAAUAUUAAAAAAACUCUCAACACAUUCGACGAUAAAUUUUUCAACAAGUACGUCAAAUGAAAAGAAAUAUCUUUUAAUUAUUUGCGACAAAAUAAAUAGACAAAUUGAAAAUAUGAAUUUAUCAGAAUCAAUUGAAGUACUUAGAUUGAUGUGUGAUUUGAAAAUACCGACAAAUAGUAUUUUUUGUCAAUCGUUGUUGAAAAAAAUUCAAAGAGAAAUUGGUUCUUUAACGGACCUGAAUUUUAUUAAUGUCGAAGAAUUGUGGAUAUUAUUGAAAAAAAUGAGAAAAUCAACUUUAGUGAUAUCGAUAAUGAACGAUUUGAAAAUUACCCAAAAAAGUUUUAAUAAAGAACAAAGUAUUUAUUCAAUGUGUUCAAAUUUAUAUCGUGCUGCAAAUUCAAUGCAUGUAAAUAAGGAACUUUUGAUUUCAAUAAUGCAAUCAAUUUCCAAUUAUCGUGGAGAAAUUCCAAUUUUCAGUGCUAUUAGUAUUUAUAAUAGUUGCUUGAAAUUUCCCGAAAUAUUAACAAAUGAAAAUAUAGAUUUUCGAAAAAUUGAAAACGUUAUUAUUACGAAUUCAAAGCAAGUGACUUAUGGACACGUUUGCAAAAUAUUGUUAACAAUAGCAAAAUUAAGUGCACAGAAAAAAUUACAUGAUCCUUAUAAUCCAGAAUUAAUCGAUUCAUUAAUUUCUGCACAAUUAACACGAAAACUAUCAUUUGAAAAUGAAAUUGAAAUUCUCAGUUAUCUCCAACAAAUUGGACAUUUGAAUACAAAUCUUUUGGAUGAUUUAAUAGUAAAAUGUUUGGAGGAUCAAUUUUUAAUUAUGAAUUUAUCGAGAGUUGAUUUAUUAAAAUUUACGGGAGUCUUGAGUAUUUGUGUUGAGACACCGCCAUUAUGGGAUUUAAUAAAAAAUAUUAUUCUCAAGAAUAAAAUAUGUAAAGAUAUCACUAUUCCACUUGCUUAUAAUUUGACAGUUUUAAACUUUCGUCCUCAGCAAUUAAUUUCGGAGGCAUUAAAAAUAACGGAAUCGAAAUAUUACAAUUUAUACGAAUACACGAGAAAUCAGGCACUCUUUGUCUAUCAGGUGAUAAAAACAUUGGAUAAAGAUUAUAAUGGACCUUGGCCAUCGAGAACUGUUUUAAAAGCAAUUCUUCAACAAAAAAGUAUUAUAACUCAUGCGCAAAUUAAUGAGGAUGUUUUAUGUACACUUGAAAAAGCUCUUGGAGGUUCUGAAUAUGUACAAUCUACUUUGCUAACCACAUAUCGCCAUUUUAUCAAUCACAUUGUGGUUAUGAGAAAAGGUGGAUUUCCCAUGGCAAUCAAUCACAGUGAUAAUAAAAAAACUGUUACAUACAUUGAUGAUAUAAUUGUCCCCUCAGAUAGUAAAAUAAUUGCAAUUCUCUAUUUUGAUACUGACAAUUAUUUGAGAAACAUAAAUAAGCUAAAAACACAAUUUGUUUUAUACAUGAAGAGCAUAGAGGCAUUAGGAUAUUCUGUUAUACCAUUAAAUUUAAAAGAAUGGACGAGUAUGAGUAAUAAGGAUAAAAUUCCAUUCAUAAUGAAUGAAAUAAAAUCAAGAUAUCCGGAUGAAAUUUAGGUAUUUUUUUAUUAACUAUAAUAAAAAAGAGAAUAUGUUCAUUUAUUACUUGUACAUGUUUUUUUGUAAUAUAAAUGUGUGAAAAACA